GGGAGAUUCAGUUGGAGGACUCACAGGAACCGCGGGCGUCUUCUGAAGCUCCAGGUGGGAUCAGUUCUAGAGAAAUCGUCUGUGAUGCUCCCAAUAACAAGGAUGCUGAAGAAGAACCCACUGAAGGAGACCCCGGUAAAGGAGAAACUGAUAAAGGAGAAACCACUAAAGGAGAACCCACUGAAGGAGACCCAGCUAAAGAAGAAACUGCUAAAGGAGAACCCACUGAAGGAGACCCCGCUAAAGAAGAAACUGCUAAAGGACAACCCACUGAAGGAGAACCCGCUAAAGAAGAAACUGCUAAAGGAGAACCCACGGAAGGAGACCCCGCUGAAGAAGAAACUGCUAAAGGACAACCCGCUGAAGGAGAACCCACUGAAAGAGAACACGGUGAAGGAGAAACCGCUAAAGGACAAACCGCCGAUGGAGGACGUGAAGAGGAGAAGACGACUGACACGAACCCGGACAGCUUUGAGAGCCGAUACACCGUUGGAGAGCUGCUGGGAAAGGGAGGCUGUGGUUCGGUCUACGAAGGCGUCCGUAAGGUGGACGGGAACCAGGAUCCUCCCUACAACCUACCGGGACAUUAUUGAGACAAACCCGGGAUGCACACUAAGAAGGUCUGAGUCCCUGGUGAUACCGGAUACCACAGGAUGCUUUCGGAUGUCUCGUGGAGUCCACGUGUCGGCGGUUGCCAUCAAAUACGUGGUGAAGGAUGAGCACCUCAGAUUUACCAGGAUUCCCGGCGAGACAGAGUUGCUCCCCGUCGAGGUGGCCCUGAUGCGCAUGGUGUCCAGGCCACCCAUCAGCCCGUACGUGCUGAAGCUCCUGGAGUGGUUCGACACGCCCGAGCGCUGCGUCCUGAUUCUGGAGCGCCCCGUCCCCUGCGUAGACCUCUACCAGCUGAUGCUCGAGAAGGGCAGGCUGAGGAUGCCAUUCGCCCGGCACGUUAUGCGGCGGGUUGUCCUGGCGGUGCUCCACUGCCGCGACCGCGGGGUCCUGCACAGGGACAUUAAGCUCCAGAACAUCCUUCUGAACACAGAGACGCUGGAGGUGAAGCUGAUCGACUUCGGAUGCGGCGACCUGUUGAAGGAUACUCCGUACUACACGUAUUCAGGCACGUGGGUAUACUCACCACCCGAGUGGAUAACCAAGAAGAAGUACUAUGGCUGCCCUGCGACAGUCUGGAGUCUGGGCGUACUGCUGUUUUUCUUGGUUUGUGGACGCCUGCCAUUUCGGUCUAAGAAGGAGAUCACCAAAGGACAGCUAGUGUACAAACCUGGUGUGUCUCAUGCCUGCUGCCAUCUGACCGAACAAUGCCUCAAGAAGAAGCCCAGCAAGCGCCUCACCCUCGGGCAGAUCCUCCUGCAUGGGUGGUUCCAUGAGUAACCCGAAGACUAGGUCCAGACGGUGUAGAUCUUUACACCCGUACUGGCGGCUGCAAAAAAGAGGGUAACAUGACAGAAAAACACGUAUCAAAUAUCGGGAUCCAACAUGUCAACUUUAUGGACAUCGUCUUUGAACUGAUGCUGCUGGGAAUUCUGGGAAGAGCGAGGGUGCAUCAGAUCAUUUCAGUAAGAGAGUCUGUGCACUAUAGAGUCUAGAAUUAAUCCGUUCUGCACUACAAGUGUAGUUAAACACACCUACAGUGUAUCACAAAAUUGACGCAGUACCAGAGACGAAGGCUCUUUCUGGACCGGCUGAUUGCUCUCAUCUAUUCAUGUGUUACGCCCAGAAGGACUGAACGGCAGUACACGGAGCGUUAUUUAUUCCAUCUUCAGACUGAGAUGCUGAGCUUCCUGGAUGAAAUCUUCACUCUGGACGAGUCUUUGUACGCAGAACCUGAAGCCCUGGCUGCUGCACUGGAGACGCUUUUAUGGCGCAGCCUCCGACGGUUUCAUGAAAGGCUGGAAACAGAGGAUAUCUAAAGGCCAACCUUGAUUAGAACCUUUAUUUAACUGUCAGGGAUGCAUGUCUGGUGGUUGACGUGUUUUUCAUGUGUGUUCACAGUUUGUGUACCUGUGGAGGUGCGUCAGGACCCAAGACAUGGGAGACGUGUGAAGAUACUACCGAUGUGGAAGCGUGUAUUGGAUUUCUGAUAGACGCGCUGCCAUUAGGACAACGUCUUUACAUCAGGACAACGCCCAUAUGACUUUGUGGACCAGAUCCAGAUGUGUAAAAAGCUGAUGUUCUGUAAAAAUUUAAUAAAAAAAGAAGGAACUGUGA